AGCUGUUCGUGUUCAUUCUUCAUCUUCAUGUUUACUUGUACAGUUAGCAGAGGAAGCAGACGUAAUUUGUGAACACUUGUAUUAUUAUUAUUUUAUGUAUUUAGUUUUCAACUGUUUUCUUGUUUGCGGUGAUAAUACAAAUACUAAUCAUGUGGAAUCCAAUCAAGUAUUCAAUUCUGUUAUCUUUCUAUGUUAUUGCGAUGGCUGACGUUGAUAUUGAUAACAAAUUGAAACCCUUCAGAGCUGAAGUUCAGAGCUGCAAAGGAUGUGCGUUGAACAGACUACCAGAAGUCAAGUCAUUUAUAUACCUUGAUCUUCCUAAAUAUCCAGAUGUUACCUUCAAACCAAUCGUAGGAGCAAAUCCUGAUCUGGUAUUAUUUAACAGCGAUGAUACAGAAAUCGAAAGGAUUGACUUGAAACCAUUCACCAAGGCACAGUGCAAUGACCUUCUGGAGUCCUAUGGCUAUAAAAUGAAGCAAAGUAUUGAUGAGUUUACGGGACAAAAGCAAGAACUGUAAGAAUGUCACAAAGUUCCUGUAAACUGAUUUCCUCCACUUUGUACAAAUAAAUUAUACAUUUUUACUCUUGUCAA